AUGGAACAGGAACUACUUCUAGGGAUGGCGAAGAUGUCAACGGUCACAGUAACUGAGAGCUGGGAGAAAGCGGACCUGGUGUACAUCUCCAUUGAGAGCACUAUCGCCCUGGCGUCGGUGCUUGGGAAUGUGCUGGUGGUCUUGGUGGUGGGCAUGAACCAGGCUCUUAGAGACCCGACCUUCUGCUUUAUUGUCUCUCUGGCGCUGGCCGAUAUUGCGGUCGGCGUUCUUGUCAUUCCGCUAGCGGUGGUCAUCAGCCUGGGUCUCAAUACACAAUUUUACACCUGCCUCUUCAUUUCCUGCCUUCUCGUCAUCAUCACCCAAAGCUCCAUACUGUCCCUGUUGGCCAUCGCCAUCGACCGCUUCCUACGCGUCAAAAUCCCGACCAGGUACAACAUCAUUGUUACGCAAAGGCGGGCAUGGGUAGCUGUGGGUUUGUGCUGGCUCAUCUCAUUUCUGACUGGCUUAGUGCCUAUGGCCGGCUGGCACCGCAGUCCACCCGCAAAUGUCAGUACGACGUCCAUCCAAUGCCAGUUCACCAACGUCAUGCGCAUGGAUUAUAUGGUCUACUUCAACUUCUUCGUUUGGGUGGUGGUGCCCCUGACCAUCAUGAUUGGACUGUACGCCGAGAUCUUCCGCGUGAUCUGCCGCCAACUCAAUCGUCGAGCCGAAGCUACUUGCGACUCGAGCAAGUACUACCGCAAAGAGCUGAAACUGGCAAAGUCGUUAGCACUAGUUCUGUUUCUUUUUGCGCUCUGCUGGCUGCCGCUUCAUAUAAUGAACAGUAUUGUGUUUUUUUGCCCAACAUGCACAGUGCCCAAGAGUGCUUUAUAUGUGGGCAUCUUUAUGUCACACGUUAACUCCGCACUCAACCCGCUGGUAUAUGCGUUCCGCAUCCAGCGCUUCCGUGAUACACUGAUUCAUAUCAUCCAGCGAUUUGUGCUCUGUAAAAGUCCAAGUCAGCACGGUCCUGGACCAAUUACGGAGAAAACCCAAGUUCAAUAGCAACUAAGACUAAGGGGGAAUUCACUAAGAAUAGUAGUGUACGUUUGGGGUUGUUUUAGCAUUUGAUUGACUAAAGUAGGGGACUCCAAACCCAGUCCUGGAGGGCCACUGUCCUGCAGAGUUUAGCUCCAACCCCAAUUAAACACACCUGAACCAGCUAAUCAAGGUCUAAUUAGGCAUACUAGAAACUUCCAGGCAGGUUUGUUGAGGCAAGUUGGAGCUAAACUCUUCAGGACAGUGGCCCUCCAGGACUGAGUUUGGAAACCCUUGGACUAAAGGAACUAUGCAAAUCACAUAACAGCAUAAACACACCCAAAAUUGUGCAAUGCAAUUUUCAUUAUGCAUUACAUUGUAGAGAAUGCUGCAGGCUACUGCAAUCGGACAUUACUGCAGUUCAUGCACCUGAAUCAGCUCUUUAAAAUGCAGAAAGAGCACUUGUCUACACUGUGUGUCUGGAAAUGUGCCCAGUUAUAAUGCUCUUCUCCAUCAUUUGAUGAAUUACUGCUGCCGCGGUCACAGGAAAAUGUACACAGACAUCGCUUUUCAGACGUAAUUGUGCCAAGCAAAUAGCAGUUUUGUAAAUAUGGUGCAUUAUAUUAAGCCUUAUUUGCAUAGCAAGGAGGUAUGAUGCACUGGACAGAAUGACAAUGACUUCAGUCAAAGUGCAAUGCUAUACUGCACCUGGGGUCAGUUGUAUAAACAUAGCCAUUAUAUUAAGACUGUAGUUGCAUCCCAAAUGACACACUUAUACACUAUGUACUCAACCAUGUAGUGUAUGAAUUUUAUAAGGUUAUUUUGUCAUGCAUCAUCAGUUCUGAUAGCCCCUACCCCUCCAUUAUGUAAUUAAAGUUGCGGCAGUUGAGUGCAAAAAGUGUUCAACAUUCUACACUUUGUUUUUUCGGUUAAUUAAGUGCAUAAUUUGGGUAUUUAAAGUGCACUUUUUGGUUUUGGAAUUUUCAGUGUGAACACACUAUACUCACACUAUAUAUACUAAUGGGUAUAGAAUGGUGCAUAAGUACACAAAUUGGGAUGCACCUCUAAGUCUUAAGAACUAGUAUGACAUACUAGCAGUUAGUUAGGGGUAAUCAGCCUUACUUUUCAGUAUCAGAAUCUACGUUUUUAUGUAACUGACUUAAAAAUAUUAUGAGAUGACUAACUUGUAAGACUAGUAGUUUAUGCAUCCUGCCCCUGGUUAAGUUGGAUGGCAUGUGGCUAGUAGUGAAUAAGAAGGUUUUUUUGUGCUGAAAUGCAUAAUGUAAAAGUGUCAUCUGUACAGUGAAUUCACCACUGUAAGUUAAACUAUGGACAAGUACUUCAAAGAUCUCUUUCUUUUGAAUGUAAUAAAAAUAUUUUGUGGCCUGAUGUGGCUAAGGAUGAGCACUGGAUGGUUUGUUAUACUUGUCAUGUCAUUGAAAUGCACAGCAAACAACUAAAUAGAUUAAAAUGGGACAAUUUAACAGAACCAAUUUUCCACCAAUGAGCAAAACACCAAAUAUUCAUUACAGUCCUAAUGCUUUUUCCAGCUAAUGGUUUGGAUUUGGUUGCACAUUUCUAUCCCAUAGGAAACACUGGAUCUU